AUGUCAGUCAGCAGCAGGGCGAAUAUUGUAUCGAUCCUUAACAAUGACGACAACCCGUCGUUUGCAGUCCGAUCCCACCCCAGGAUCGGGUCCCUGAACUCGCAAUCUGAGCCACAGCAGCACCAGCGCCUGCCGCCAGUCAGCGACCUACACUUCUCGCGGCCACUAGCAUCGUCCGAGUCCCCCACAGUCUCCCCACGAGGAUAUCGCCAUCCAUUAGACCCCGUCAACGAGGCCAUCCAACCAGUCUCACCAGGCUCCUCCAAUGGCUCCGCAUACGACUAUCUACUAAGCCAACCGACCUCAGUCGGUUACCACCCGUACGCCCGGCAGGACCUGCGACGGGACCCAUACCGCUAUCCUUCUCGCGGUCCUGCCCCGCCACGAACACCUCCCGAGAUUCACUCCGCUCCCCCAUCAGAGGGUAAAUCAUCCCAAGGUGCUGGUCUUCGGGGCACGGGGCGAAAGAACAAAUAUCCGUGCCCGUAUGCUUCCAGCCAUGGAUGCUCGGCCACCUUCACCACCUCGGGCCAUGCCGCUCGCCAUGGCAAGAAGCACACGGGCGAGAAAAGUGUGCAUUGUCCCAUUUGCAAUAAGGCUUUCACGCGCAAGGAUAACAUGAAGCAACACAUUCGCACCCACCGCACACACUCCGACGAUAUGCGCUCUACCACCUCUGAACCCGACGGCGAGUCACGAUGGGGUUUGUCAAGACCAGAUUCCGGUUAUUCCACCGCCGCCCAUCAUCGCACGGUCAGCCAAAAUACCGAUGCUUCCAUGCCUCCUCCCAGCAGUGGACCACGCCUCCCAUAA